AUGAACCGCUACUCUCAAGAUGACGACGACGAGGACUAUCGGUCUCAACAGGCGUAUAAUCCUCGCUAUGAGUCGGAACGGCAGUUCUAUGCUCGAUUUGCCAAAUUCCUGGGAGGGCUCAUGGUGUUUGUUCUCAUCAUGUUCAUGUUGCAAUGGGAGCACGAUAGUGCCCUCUUUUUGGUCGGCAUGGUCGUUCUUUUAUUGGCUUUAAUGUACAUGAUUGGAUCCAUGGUGUACACUAUUUGUGUCGUCAAUCCACGGCACAAUUUGGCCAACAUUCUCACCGAAGAAGAAUUGGGGCAGAUGGAUCAUUCCACCAGUCAUCACGAAGACGACGAGAUUCAAGAUGGCGAGGGCGUGGGACGUAUGGCCGUCUUUUCCUUUGAAGAAACACCGCCAGUCGUACGAGCAUGUCGCGAAGAUAUUCGAUAUCUCCCGGGCAAUGCCGCCAAACCGACCAAUGGAAUUUACCACAUUGUCUACAACUGUAUCUUCUUUGGAAAAUCCAUUCGAUCCGAAUCCAAAUUGCAACUACAAUUUGAGGCGGAAACCAAAAACCAUAGUGGAUGGGAAGUCCGGGGGAUUGUGGUGACUGGAACCAACCAAGGCGUUUCCAUGCAACGACCCAUUUCAGAGGGAUUCGUCAAUGGAAGAGGGGAAAUGUACUGGACAUAUGUCAGUCAUGCCAAUGAAUCCAAUGCGGGUGGAAUAUACAGAGGAAUACUCAAUUUCAGAUCCAAUACCAUGUACGAGGGAGAAUUCAAGGCGGGAGCAGCUCCAACAGGCAGAAUUGUACGGAUGGAACUGGUAGAGGAAGGAUCAUCUUUUGACAUGCCAACAACAACAUCAGCAGCAACGUCAAAUAAUGGACAUCAACAACAAAACAAUGAUGGCUGGGGAUCCACAGACAUGGAUAACGUAGUCGAAAUGGUAGAGUUUGAAAAGAGCGUGGUAUAG